AUGCUCCUAUAUAUAUGUUUAGUGAACUUACUUCUACCAUUGUCUGUUGGAGCAGCCAGUGGAGCAGCUUUAGGAGUUAUAGCAAAGGUUGGCGUAGAUGCUGCUUUACAACAAAUUGAUGAUGUUUGGAAGGGAAAAACUGUAAGAUAUUGGAAAUGUGCCGUAGAAAACAGAUCCAGUAAAACGCUUUAUGCUUUAGGAACAACACAAGAAUCAGGAAGCAUGACUACAGUCUUUGCUGAUAUUCCUCCAAAAAGUACGGGAGUGUUUGUGUGGGAAAAGUCUAGAGGAGCUGCAAAAGGGGCAGUUGGCGUUGUUCAUUACAAAUAUGGCAACAAAGUUCUUAACAUAAUGGCAUCCAUCCCUUACGACUGGAAUUUGUAUAAAGCUUGGGCUAAUGUACAUUUAUCGGACCACAAAGAAAGUUUUUCAGAUUUGUAUAAAGGAAAAAAUGGUACUAAAUAUCCUACUAGAGCAGGGAAUUGGGGUGAAGUUGAUGGAACAAAGUUUUUCCUAACUGAAAAAAGCCAUGCUGAGUUCAAAGUUAUUUUUUCUGGAUAA